AUGACUUCAGAGGAGGUAGAUUCCUCGUGGCCGUCUAGCCCAGCGAGCUCACGACCCGACGGUGGUGAUGACAAUUUCUCCUCGGAAUCGAGUUCGGAAACUCCAUGUCUAGGCACGGCCGUGGUCUCGGGUAAGGGCGUUACCUUUUCUAUCGACAAUAUUCUUGGGCGCACGAGUGAGCGUCAAAGUGAAGCCCUAAGAGACUGCGGUAAACGAUCUGUCGAAACCGACGGCAACGUUAUCGAUAGAAAUAGCGGAUUGUAUCCCAUGACGAAUUUACAAUUUUCCGAAGCUAAUUUGGUAGAUCCCUCAAAUUACUCAGCAACUUCCUUUGCUUCUGCAUCAUUCUUAUACAACAGUUGGUUCAUUCAGUCAAAACCUAAUCAAAUAUUCGGAUUGCAAGCUCCUAAACCAGGUGGUAGACGAUCACGUAAACCUGGAAUUGAUAGAAAACCAAGACAAGCUUAUAGUGCAAAGCAGCUCGAGAGGCUUGAGGCUGAAUUUAAAGUGGACAAAUACCUGAGUGUGAGCAAGCGGAUGGAGCUCUCAAAAUGCUUGAGUCUGACGGAAGUGCAAAUAAAGACUUGGUUUCAAAAUCGACGGACCAAGUGGAAGAAACAGCUGACCUCGAGAUUGAAGAUGGCCCAUCGCCAGGGUUUCUUUCCACCAGCGUAUUUUCCGCCGACGCAGUAUCCUUUGCUACCCUACUAUUCAGCGGCGCCACUUAUUUUCGAUGAUCCGUCGAUGAGUACCGACACUGUUACACAACAAUUACAACAGCAAGUUCAACGGCAGCAACAAGCACAAGGCAUGGACAACUUGUAA